AUGAGAACAAUGCAGGUGCUGCAAAAGUUUGGUGCGUAUGGGAUUCGCCUGGUGAAGAAGUACACGAGGCUUGGAGUUGUCGACGAGAGAAGAUAUCGCUGCAGGGGAGGUUUGCAAAUCUUGGAGGGCCUCGAUUUCCUCCACAACGAGAAGAUCGUCCACCGGGAUGUGAAAGGCGCAAACAUCCUCAUCGACGCUUCUGGGAAUGCGAAGUUGGCGGACUUUGGCGCUUGCAUGCAGCUGGAGGUAAUCGUUGCCCCGGCUGAUUCUCGUCAGCAGCUGGUGGACGUUCCCUUGCUGCCGUAUGGCCCAAGAGCUGUGAUUGUCAAUGACCAGAUGGCACUCUCCACCCAGAGCAGCGGCCUGGGCCGGCGCGGCUUGGCGCAGCACCGAUGGCUGCGCGGGCCGAGCGCGCGGGUGGUGGUGCUGUGCAGCGAGGAUGGUGAGGCCACAGAAGCUGAACCAGCGUCCGAGGAGAAGAGCGCGGACGAGAAGGAGCCUGAACAAAAGAGAGAGGCGAGCGAAGAAAAGCAGGAGGAGAAAAAGGAGGAGAAGAAAGAGGAGAAGAAAGAGGAGAAGACGGAAGAGAAGAAGGAGGAGAAAUCGGAAGAGAAGAAGGAGGAAAAGGAGGAACAGAAGGAAGAGAAGCCGGAAGAGACGAAGGAGGAGAAGGAGGAGAAGAAGGAGGAGAAGAAGGAGGAGAAGAAGGAGGAGAAGGAGGAGAAGCCGGAAGAGAAGGAGGAGAAGAAGGAGGAGAAGACUGAAGAGAAGUCGGAAGAGAAGCAGGAGGAGAAGAAGGAGGAGAAGCCGGAAGAGAAGGAUGAGAAGCCGCAAGAGAAGGAGGAGAAGCCGAAAGAGAAGCCGGAAGAGAAGGAGGAGAAGAAGGAGGAGAAGCCGGAAGCUCAGAAGGAGGAGAAGAAGGAGGAGAAGCCAGAAGAGAAGAAGGAGGAGAAGUCGGAGGAGAAGAAGGAAGCAAAGGAGGAACAGAAGGAAGAGAAGCCGGACGAGACGAAGGAGGAGAAGAAGGAGGAGAAGCCGGAAGAGAAGAAGGAGGAGAAACCGGAAGAGAAGAAGGAGAAGAAGGAGGAGAAGCCGGAAGAGAAGGCGGAGAAGAAGGAGGAGAAGCCGGAAGAGAAGAAGGAGGAGAAGCCGAAAGAGAAGCUGGAAGAGAAGUCGGAGAAGAAGGAGGAGAAGCCGGAAGAGAAGAAGGAGGAGAAGCCGAAAGAGAAGCCGGAAGAGAAGAAGGAGGAGAAGAAGGAGGAGAAACCAGAGGAGAAGUCGGAGGAAAAGAAGGAGGAAAAGAAGGAGGAGAAGCCGGACGAGAAGAAGGAGGAGAAACCGGAAGAGAAGAAGGAAGAACAGAAGGAGGAGAAGACAUCGCCAGAGGAGUUUCAGGACAGCAAAGAAUCCGAGAAGGAGCCAACGCUUUUUUCGGAGGCGAAAGCGCGAAAGGCGGACUUGGAGCUGCCACCGCGUGAGACGACGGAGGAUGAGGUGAACCAACAGGCCGCAGAGGUGGCCCAAGUCUUGGCCGCGCAAGAGCAGUCCGAAGAGGCAGCGGGCAAGAGCUCGGGCAUCUUAGGGAAAGUACUUCGAGAGAUGAAGGAGGAAGUGAAAGAACUCUUCUACACUUUUCCCCAGGAGGCGAAAGCGCGAAAGGCGGACUUGGAGCUGCCACCGCGUGAGACGACGGAGGCUGAGGUGAACCAACAGGCCGCAGAGGUGGCCCAAGUCUUGGCCGCGCAAGAGCAGUCCGAAGAGGCAGCGGGCAAGAGCUCGGGCAUCUCAGGAAAAGAACUUCGAGAGAUGAAGGAGCAAGUGAAAGAACUCUUCGAUUGGAAUCGUGCCUGGUACCCCAUCGCGCCCUUGGACUACCUGCACUCGGAUCGGCCCAAUCCGGUGAAGCUGCUGGGGAAGCGGAUGGUCCUUUGGUGCUCCGACCCGGAGAAGAAGACCUGGCACGCAGCACUGGACUCGUGUCCACACCGCAUGGCCCCCUUGUCCAUUGGAGACAUCGACUCGGCUGGCCGCCUGAGAUGCCGCUAUCAUGGCUGGUGCUUCAAUUCCGACGCGGGGAACUGCGUGAAGGUCCCCAUGGCGCAGAAUGCCAAGGACAAUGCCCGCAUGUGUGGCAUGGCUCGGACCUCUUUGACCAGCUUUCCAGUUCAAGUGAAGCAGGGCCUGGUGUGGAUCUUCCCCUACCUGGGCCCUGACGCGGAGGUCGUUUCCAAGCGCUCCGCGCCCUGCGUGACCCCCGAGUGCGACGACGUGGAGUGGGUGAUGACCACGGCGCCCGUGGGCUACCAGGUCUCGGUGGAGAAUACCUUCGACCCAUCUCAUGCGCCCUUCCUUCACAACGGUAUCAUCAAGUACUCCCCAGAGAAGGCCAUUCCCAUGUCGAAGUUCGAGCUCCGAGACGGCGAGAUCUCCGGGAAGCGCGGCUUCGUCCUGGAGCACGACGGCUACGACCAAGGCACGGACGGCGUGAUGGCCACACGGCAAUUCGUGCCGCCCUGCUCCAACACCACCGUGUACAAAUACAAGGAUCGCCGUGUGGAGACCACCCAGCUCUACUUCGUGCCCUGCGGCCCCCACGAGACGCGCUACAUCGCGAACUUGGGUCAGCCGGUCAACAAGAAGAUGCCCGAGUUUGUCACGGAUAUUCUGCAUGUGCUUUUCUUCAACAAGAUCUUCGGCUAUCGCUUCCAAGAGCAAGACCUCUUGGCGAUGCGAGGCCAGGAGAGGAACUUGCAUGAGAGUCCGCUCGGGGCCUGGGGUGAGCAGUAUGUCCUGGGCACCGCCUCAGACAAAGGGGUGGAAGCCUUCCGGAAGUGGUUGUACGACUGUGGCAAUGGCGGACCAUACUUCCCAAGAGCUUCCAGGACCCUGCCAGCGUCGGAUCCGAUGCUCUUCGACCGGUGGCAGAGACAUUCCAAGCAUUGCCCCCGCUGCAAGCGCGUGAUGCGCGCCUUUGGAGUGAUGCAGUCUACCGCUGGCAGGCUUUCGGUGCUUGGCCUAGGCCUCGCCUUCGUCCUGAUGCUGAUGCGCCAGUUCCGAAGCUCCAGCUAUUGGCUGCUGCUCACGCUUCUGCUGGCCGCCCUCGGGCGCUGGGCCGCCGCCGAGCGCUGGGGCUUCGUAUCCUCUGUGCCUCUGAAGGGCUUGAUGGAGGUGCCCGUCUACAAGAGUGGGCAGAAAAGGAUCUCUGAAUAA